UCUUACAGGGUUUCCUUUGUAUGUAACUUUUGCUUCUCUCUUGCUCUUAAAUUUCCUCUUUAAUCUUUGGCAUUUUAAUUACUAAGUACUGUGGUGUGGACCUGCCUAUGUUCCUCUUCUUUGGAACUCUCUGUGCUUCCUGAAUCUGAAGGUCAGUUGCCUUCCCCAGUUCAGGGAGUUUUCAGCUAUGAUUCCUUCAAACAAGCUUUUUGCCCCUUUCUCUUCUCUUCCCCUUCUGGGACCCCUGUAAUGCCAAUGUUUGUUUGCUGGACGUGUUGUCCAGGAGAUCCCUUAAACUAUCCUCAUCUUUUAUUUUUUAUUUUUCCUGUUCAGCUUGUAUGCGUCCAUUACCCCGUCUCCCAGAUCUCUUCUCCAUCCUCAAACAUACGAUUACAAGUCCGAGAGCUCUGGAGGUGAGCACGGAGCUCUCGGCCCGAUGCCUGCAAACUGCGGACACAGCGCUGCAGGUGCCUGGUCACUGCCGCUCGGCCAAGAAGCCAGCAGUGCACGUGCUCACGCUGUUCGUCGGGGCUGGGGAGUCCCCGGGGAGCACGCGCAGCUCCCGGUGUCCAAGGCCGUGCACGCGGAAGCCUGGUCUCUGGGGCAGCAGCACGCCCCGGGAGCUAGAAGUGCCGACUCCCAGCCUUCCCGGCGGUAAGCUCUCUUCCCCAGAGCCAAACCUACGUAGUCCAGUAACUUCACCCACCUGAAAGGCAGCCGGCAAGUGCAGAGGCUCCUCUUGCUUCCCCCCAACCCUUCAGACAGAGACAAG